AGCUACACAGAGAAACCUUGUCUCGAAAACAAAAACAAACAAACAAACAAAAACACCUUCUGUGUACACAUAGCAAACACUGGUUAAGCACCAGUGAACGGCUCCGUGGGCAAAGGCACUUGGAGGCCAAGUCCUGAGGACCAGAGGUCAGUUCUGGGACCCACAUGGUCCCACAGGUCCAUCCCUGAUCCAGCGUGUGCACGUCCCUACAUGCCAUAAACAAGUAAGUGUACCAAACGCUUAAAAAAACUCUGAAGCACCUGCUGUGCACGAGUGGUACUCAGUGUGUCUGGGUGACAUUACCCAGCUGCACACAAGUGACAAACAUUUAUGAUGGACCUUCUGUAUACGGGUGACAAGCAUUUAGUAAACACCUGCUGCGUAUAAAGCAGGCUGGGAAACAGUUGGUUCUUGGGCCUGGGCAGGCAUUAGGCAGUGCCUACUGCCCUGCAGUGACAUGACACCCCCUCCCGGUGCACUGUCUCCCAUCCUCGGGACACUGGGGGGCACUAAGCAGGGGUGGGUGCCAGAGAGUUCAUCCUGUCCCCCUCAACCGUUGUUCAGGAUGCCCCUCCCUGCCCUAGCCUCACCCCCACCCACCCAGGGGCACCUUGAGCAUACAUAACAGGAAAUUUCAAACAACAGGAAACCCAGACCAGGCUGCAACUCCACCCUGCCAGGGGCCUCUGUCAGUAUGUCCCCGGGGGAGGCCAUGAACAUCAGCACCUGGUCCUGUCACCGGCUGGCAGCCAGCGGUCACAGCCUCCUCAUCGUCCUGCACUACAACCACAGUGGGCGGCUGGCCGGCCGCGGGGGCCCGGAGGACGGUGGUGGGCUGGGGAUGCUGCGGGGACCGUCGGUGGCGGCCGGCUGCCUGGUGGUGCUGGAGAACGCGGUGGUGCUGGCCGCCAUUGCCACCCGCAUGCGGUCGCACCGCUGGGUGUACUACUGCCUGCUCAACAUCACCCUGAGCGACCUGCUCACCGGCCUGGCCUACCUGGUCAACGUGCUGCUGUCGGGGGCCCGCACCUUCCAGCUGUCCCCUGCGCACUGGUUCCUGCGGGAGGGCCUGCUCUUCAUGGCCCUAGCCGCAUCCACCUUCAGCCUGCUCUUCACGGCGGGGGAGCGCUUCGCCACCAUGGUGCGGGUGGCCGAGAGCGGGGCCACCAAGACCAGCCGCGUGUAUGGUUGCAUCGGGCUGUGCUGGCUGCUGGCAGCCACGCUGGGUCUGCUGCCCCUCCUGGGCUGGAACUGCGUGUGUGCUUUCCCACGCUGCUCCAGCUUGCUGCCCCUCUACUCCAAGGGCUACGUGCUCUUCUGUGUGGUGGUCUUCGCCCUCAUCCUGGUGGCCAUCCUGGGCCUCUAUGGGGCCAUCUUUAGGGUGGUCCGGGCCAAUGGGCAGAAGUCCCCGCGUGCUCCAGCCCGUCGCAAGGCCCGUCGGCUCCUCAACACGGUGCUGAUGAUCUUGGUGGCCUUUGUGGUGUGCUGGGGUCCCCUGUUUGGCCUGCUUCUGGCCGACAUCUUCGGUUCCAACAUCUGGGCCCAGGAGUACCUGCGUGGCAUGGACUGGAUCCUGGCCCUGGCCGUACUCAACUCUGCCAUCAACCCCCUCAUCUACUCCUUCCGGAGCCGCGAGGUGCAGCGGGCAGUGCUGGCCUUCCUCUGCUGUAGCUGUCUCUGGUUAGGCCUGCGGGGUCCUGAUGACUGCCUGAUCCGGAUCACCGAGGUCCACUCUGGUGCAUCCACCACCGACAGCUCCUUGAGGACCAGGGACAGUUUUCGGGCUUCCAGAUCACUCAGCUUCAAGAUGCGAGAACCGCUGUCCAGCAUCUCGAGUGUCCGGAGCACUUAGAGCUUGGACCCACCUGUUGCCAGAACAAGUGCUGCACAGGCCCUCUCGGGAGAGGUGAGAAGGGACCGGACACAAUCCUGGCCUGAUUGUGACAGGGAACACGACAGCAGGUCCCAGGGGCUGUCCACGAAGCCUACCCAUGCUGAAUGUCUGGCAGAGCAGAGAGUGACCAGAGCCAGAUCUGGUGGGUCUGGACCUCAGUCUUCUGGACUGAGGAGGUGAAGGGGACAUUCCAUGACUGAGUUCACCUACAGGACAGGGCACGUGUGUGCGUGUCGGGUGGGGGGGCUAUUGUAACACAUCACCUUGUCACAUCCAGUGGUACACAGUGCUUGGGGGUAUGCUGAGAUGGGGGCACCUGCCCGUUUGUCUGAGGGCAGGCAGACACCUUACUGAUACGUUGUAAGAACUAGUGGAGCUGGGGGGACAUACAAGUCAACCACCCCUCUCCAAAGGGAUUCCCCAUUGGGACAGGCAGCCCACCCCCCCGGCCUCCAGUUCAGCUUAUCAUCUACGUGGUGAGAACAGACCCACCCAUGCCGGGUCUGGGGCAAUAUCUUGACCUGGUCCUGUAACCCGAUGGCCUCACCCUUCCGUUUCUGAGUCACGGUGAUGUGCUGUGACAGGGGACUGUGGACUGGAUAACGAAGCCACGAGCCAAGCAUGACUG